AUGUCUGCAACUGCAAGCAAAGAACAUGCAUGGGACCAGAUAUUGCGAAAACAUCGCAAGAGUUACGCAGGCCGGAAGCAUGCAUCAUCCCUUGAAGGUGUUCCCGACUACCUGUCACUCGAGGACACCUUGGAGCAACUGCAGCAGGAGUACAACUCGAAGUUAGUCGCUCGUUGUAUUGUUAAACUAAAGCCAGCAUUCCAGCAACUUGAAACAUUUCAGGCCUCUAUCACGAGUAUUGCGCAAGUUCAUGAAGGAAGCAUGGUUGUUUGGGGUGUUCUCCAAAUGCUUCUUUCUUCUGCUUGUAGAUAUCUCAAAACCCUAGAAAACUUUACCCAGCUUUUGCAUGACCUCACGAGCACUGUAACACGACUCAACCGCUACUUAUUCUUGUUGCCGAGUAGUGAUAUCUUGAAAGACAUAACAAAGUCUGUCCAUGAGGAAUAUGUCGACUGCUGUGUUACUGCACUCAAUUUCUACGGCAAUCGUCCUAUAUUUAACCUCCUGAGGAAUCUAUGGAGUGACGUAAACAAGAAGUUUGAGAAUAUCAGGCACAGCAUUGAAGCUCAUAUCAUUACUUUCGAAAGGGAAGCUCGUGUUGAUAUUGACGAAGAACUGGUCGGCCACGUUCGGAAAAACCCAAGGAAGGAUUCUCCAAGCACGAUAUUUAGCGUACCGUUCAGCGAAAAUGAAUAUUUCUGCGGUAGAGAUGAUGUCCUCUCAGAAAUACAUCGUUGUCUGUCCCCAGAUGAAAAAAAGGGUCAGACUCGACAGAGGUCUUACUUGAUUUACGCCAUGGGAGGGAUGGGAAAGACGCAAGUUGCCCUAGCGUAUGCUUAUCGCAACAGGAGCACGUAUCCAUUUGUUUUCUGGAUCGGCGCCCAAAAAGAGCCAGAUUUAGGGGUCACGUUUUCGAGUAUUGCAAUGAUUCUUGGCAUGCCCAAUAUUGACGACCUAGGUCAAGGGAGGAAAGUGAACUUGGUACGUGAGUGGCUCGAAACUACGGACAAGAAGUGGUUAUUGAUUUUUGAUAACGUUGAAUCUAUCGAAAGUGUUCAACCAUAUUGGCCUUCAUCGAGCCUUGGAGGAGCAAUCCUAGUCACUAGCCAAAUUGCUGGGCUAGCACAAUCGAUCAGAUCUCACAUUGCUCUUGAGCCUUUGACUUCGGAGGUAGCAUCGACCCUACUUCUAGAUCUUCUUCAAAUCAAAUCUCCAACUAAGGAAAUGAGGGAAUCUGUCUCGAAAAUAGCAGGCUUGGUUGGUGGCCUACCCAUUGCCAUCGCUCACAUAGCUGGAUCGAUGUUCUUGUCCCAAUUAACGAUAGACGAGGCCAUAGAGAUGUUUGAUAAACAACGAUUGCAAACUAUUUGGUCAACUGACGGCAUAGUAUCUACGCAUAUGUACGAUCAAAGACUACACAUGGUCUGGGAUAUUGCGCUGAGUGAACUGUCCGAGGACGCUUUGCACCUGCUAGAUAUCCUUGCUUUACUGAGCCCGGACACCAUUUACGAAUCGAUGCUAAUGGGAGUUGAAGAUGCUCCAACAUUUACCGGGAAAUUUUCAGACACCUUUCCGGAAAUACGAUUGAACCUAAACAAGCGUCAGCUAGUGCAGCGCAAUACGGCAACGUCGGAGCCAUAUUUGUCGCUGCAUCGAUCUUUUCAAAUCAGUCUCCGCAACAAUCUUAGCAACAAUCCCGAUAAGUACGACAAGGUGUUUCAAGAAACGAUACACCUCGUACGUCGAGUGUUUCCUGUCAUGAAUAUGACUAUGAAAUGCGAGAACGAGAAAUGGGUCGAAUACGAGAAAUAUCAGCCACAUGUUCAGACAUUACAAUCCAUUGCACAAAACUCACCGUAUGGAGUUGGAAAAAUUCCUGAAUUUGCUCAAUUACUUGGUUAUGCGGGAAACUAUUAUUGGGAACGUGGCCUUGUAGCAAUCGGCAUUGAGACAUGUAAGUUUGCAGUCUCUGUCUGGGAAGCUAUUCCAGACGCGUACCUGAUAGACUACUCCCAACCUCUUACCUUGUGGGGCCUGAUGGAACUCGAGAUGGGUAUCACUCAGCGUCAAAUUGGUAUGGAUUGCUUCAUCAAGUGCUUGGAACUGCGCACGACAUAUCUAGCUCAAGCGGAAAAUGGCGGCACUAAAGACGAACAACUUCUUCACUGCAAUGCAUGGAGCGAUUACUCUAUAGCUCUUAUUGAGUUUGGCUAUUAUGCGGAAGCGGAAACGUUCAUCACACUUACCCUGGCCUUGAAGAGCAGGCACGUCACAGAGAGCUCCUAUCCCAUGAUGUUCGGCAUUUCCUAUGGACAUUUGGCAAGCGUCUAUUCAGGUCUCGGCAACCAUGAAAAGGCUAAAGCGUUCUCAGCCCGCUCAGUGAAAUUGGUUCAGGAGGAAUACAUUUUCCAUUCAGCGUCUAUGCAGAAAUGGUAUUUCUUCCAAGCCAAUAUCUGGCUCGGAGCAGGUGAUCUAGAAGAGGCUCUUGAGGCUCAUCUAAGUAUUCUUGAAGUACGAAUCAAGAUCUUCGGCACAUCUGGCCCACACACACGAUAUAGCUACUAUGCACUUGGUGCCACAUACCAUGCACUGGGCAAUAUGGACGAGGCCGAAAAAAUGCUACGGUCUUCUUUAGAGGAUCUCGAACUUAACCCCUGGCUUGAAGAUGCCGUCGCGAGAUCUCGCUUUCUUUUAUCAAGAGUCCUACUGGAGAAACAUCGCUCACUCGAGAAACAUCACUUCUCUGAGAAACUUCACUUCUCCGAGAAACACCACUCAUCCGAGAAACUUCACUUCUCCGAGAAACAUCACUCAUCCGAGAAACUUCAAGACAUGAAAAAUGAAGUCUCUCAACUAGCGAAAUUGGCUAAAGAUCAUUUGAACUCAGUAUUACCCAACGCCGCGCAGGUCUUUGGAGGUACCGUCAAAGACGAAAUCGUGUUUUACGAGUACAUUGUACCAGUACAAUGCGGUCGCACAAUGUUGAGUUAUAAAAACGUCAAAUCGCCUAAACCUUCCCAACUGCUCGAAGUGCCCGCAAAGUAUGUGCCCUUGCUGAAACAAAGACCGGAGAGUUAUGGCAUGGAUGGCGAUCAGAUGGUGUCGACAUUGCAGGAUUUGCAGGUGGGACCAGCGAGUAAAGCGGGGUGA